AUGCAUAUCCCCUCGCUCUUUGUUCUCCUCGGUCUCACGCAGACUAUUAUUGUUGUUGCUGGCUCGAGCGCCUGGGAGUGUGAAAUUUGUGAAGAUGCUGUGGACUUGGGUCUCGCAGCUCUCAAGGACAAUAGCACUACGACUGUUGUAUCUGAACAAGUUGACUCAGCCUGUUCAAAGGUCGCCUCCAACGCCACAUCCGAGUGUGAGAAAAUUGUCGGGACGAUUUUGGCCAAAGGGCUCGAGUUGAUAGAGAAUAACGUUCAACCUAGCGCUGUCUGCAGUUAUCUCGGUUACUGUUAA